CUUAACUAAUUCCACCACCCAAUGCCAUCUUUAUAACAUUGCCAUGAUCUGUACAAAAAAUCGUCGUUUAUGAGUCAAGAAAUAUUAUUUACUACUUUAUUGGUGACAUUCGCUCGUCGUGUUACUCCUCCACGGAUCAUCAUCCCAUACACCGAAGUGGCGUACGUGCCUAUCGCGUAAUGGAAGCCUUCGAGGAACCGCGCCAGCAAAUCUUGACUUCCUAUUACCCAAAGUCCACGGUUAUCACCAACCGUCCCCGAUCGCUUCCGUAUCGGGCGGAAACAUCGGGUAGAUCCACGGGUGGGGUUUCUUUAGGUGCGUAUAAAGUCGGAAAGAACCGGCCGAUUUUCGUCAGUGGAAUCGAUUCGAACAGCAGCGAAGAUCCUUCCACAUGUUCUUUUCUUCGAAGAAAUUCACCAUGAAACGUUGCUCCAUCGUUUGUUCUUUCACAUUCAUUUUAUUGACUUCUGCAUCAGCUUGGCCGUUUCGGCGUCGAGACGUGCUGGAUAAUGCAGUGGAUAGUCCUGAUGGAGUGAUUGCUCAUUUACAACAUUUUGGCGAGAUGCUGUAUCGCAAUCCGGACAAUGAAACUGGAGCAAUGGUAGCGAAUUGGCACGAGGGCUGGGAUCGUAACCCGGAAGAAUUGGGCAACUACGCGGAAGGUGAUAUUUUGUUUCCGCCACAACUCGAGAAGAAUGGCUUGAGAGCGGAAGCUGCGCGAUGGCCUGGUGGUGUAGUACCCUAUAUGCUUAGUCCUUAUUUCAAUUCGGCGCAGAGAAACUUGAUUUACGAAGCUAUGAACGAUUACCAUAAGUUCACGUGCAUUAAGUUCAAACCCUAUACUGGGGAGGAGAACGAUUACAUCAGGAUCACGGCUGGUAAUAGCGGUUGUUGGAGCAGCGUGGGAAGAAUCGGUGGUCGACAAGACGUGAAUCUUCAAGUACCAGGCUGUAUGGUGAAGAAAGGAACAGUGAUACACGAACUGAUGCACGCCAUUGGAUUUCUGCACGAGCAAAGCAGAUAUGAACGGGAUGAGUACGUCACGAUUCAAUGGAAUAACAUUUUAAACAGCCAUGCUGGGAAUUUUGAGAAAGCCUCGAAGGAAACCACCGACGCGUUCGGGGUCGGAUACGAUUAUGGUAGCGUAAUGCAUUACUCUGCAAACGCGUUUUCCCGGAAUGGACGUCCCACCAUAGUACCAAAAGAACCCGGCGGCCUUCUAAGUUUUAUUGGCGAAAUAUUCCAGGGCGCGACAAAGGUCCAACUGGGUCAAAGAGAAGGAUUCAGCAAGAGGGACAUACAAAAGAUCCGAAAAAUGUACAAGUGCAACAAACGCAGACGAAGCAGCUAUUGAUUGCCGGAAACGUGAUCGACCAGAACUUGAAGGUUUCUUACGGACUUUCAUUGGAACGUAGCAAAGAGAAUCGUGAAUCUAGUCCUUUACAAUUAAAUUACAUUGCGUUACUUUUAAACGACGUCCAACUUUGGUUCGAUCAAGAUUUAUAAAAACGAAUGGCACUUUGAAGUGGAAAUGGUAAAUCGAUAUCGACGACGAAGCGGAACUUGCAUUCGGAACAGUCUUUUUUAUCUAUAUGUGUGUGUAUG